UCCAUCCAUCUCUCUCUCUCUCUAACUUUGCUUAAACCUGAAGACUCUCUUAUUGGUCGAUCUUAAUUUUUGUAUAACACAAAAAAAGAAAGCACACAUGACAAGAACAAUCAAAACUACCUUUCUCUGUCUUUCUCUCAACAUUUUGAGAUGCCUAGAUUAGUUGAAUUUGUGCUUAUAGUUAUUUACUUGUUGCUUGGAUCAUUGAAUGUGAAUUCUUUACCAUGCGAUGACAGAAGAUGCAAAACUGGGUCGUGCAACAGUAGCGGUGGUUGCAUUUGUAAUCUUCCAGAUCCAUCCACCAUCUUAGAGGGUGAUCGCUCAUUUCUCGGAGGAGAGUUUUGUGAUGAGGAGAUGACAAUGUGUGAUGGAACAAACUCGUUUUGGUGUGAACAUGGAGGAAGUUGUAAAGAGAUUGUCCAGGGUGAGAAAUAUGAGUGCAAGUGUGUUCCAGGGUAUACAGGAGAGCAUUGUGAGCAUCGCGGGGUGCCUUGUGGUCAAAUUUUCUGUUUUCAUCUAGCUGAGUGCUUGGUUGAAGGAGAAGCUUGCAAUUGUCCGCCUGAUUGGAAAGGAAGUGCCGACUGUUCUGUCCCAACAAAACCCCUAACAGAUUCAUCUAGGGAUUCAACCACAACCAAAUUUUCCCAAGUCGGAAGUAUUAACAAUACAAAUUGGACAAUGGUGGUGUUGGGCGUUUUAUUUUCAGUAGGAGCAGUUGCAGGGGGAACUUUUUAUGCGAAGAAAUUAUUGAAAAAGAAAGUGCGGAGUACUGCUCCAAAAUUCCAGCAGCUAUCACAAAUGCAGACUCCUCAUGACAUAUUGGAUGAUGACGAAGAGGAUGAUUCAAUGGUUCCUGAUGUUAUUCUCAGGGAUACUUCGCAUCUUUAAUUUAAUUAAUAUAAUCUUUGCCCGCACUUGAGAUGGGCAUCUUAUAUGGGAAAUGGUCACAGAUGUAGAGUAAUCUAAGGUUAUGUUCAUUUUUCCGGUAUCAUAUUGAAUUGGAUUUUGUUUUCAAAUAAAAUAUGUUUAUAAACUU